AUGUGAUCAACGUCAAACAAAAUUACCGUAUCACUGGAACAAAGGCAUCCAAGAAAAUGGAUGUAACAUAGUCUUUUGAUUAUGAAUCAUAAACAAAAGCAUUUAUCAAGCAAGAACGUAGAAGGAUACCGAAUAGAUUUUAUACGAAGAAAAUGUCUGCAGAACUCUUUCAAAGGAAACGAAAAAGGAUACAAACCACUCCAAAAACUCCCGGAAACUAUUCACACUGGCAUGGAGGUUUUGUGGCGACAGAAUUUUUUAUGUGACGUUGAAUUAUAUUCUAACGACAGACGGCGCUUCAGAGCUCACAAGCUCGUGCUUUCAACAUGCUGUGAUUAUUUUUAUGAUAUUUUUAUUGAAAGUCAAAAUUCUGCAUCAACUGAAUACUCCAUGAUUGAGUUAGAUUAUAUUUCUGGCAGUGUUCUUGAAAUUUUGUUGGAAGCAAUGUAUACAGGACGAUUAAAAGUAGAAGCGGGCAAUGUUGACGACAUUUUGUCGUCUGCUAUCGCUAUUGGAAUGUAUUCUGUAAUAGACGCGUGUGAAGAGUUCCUGUUGGAGCAUGCCUCAAAAGACAACUGUUUGCAGUUGCUUGGCACCGCAUCAAAAUACAACCUCAAUCGUCUUACGGAUGUGGCGUUAGAAAUUGCUGCGCAAAAUUUCCAGACUGUCUCAAAACAAAAGACUAUAUUCCGUAAUUUGCCAGUAGAACAUUUAGUAUCAAUACUUAAAAGGAAUGAUCUUGACAUUGACAACGAAUUACAGGCAUUUCAUCGCGUGCGUUCCUGGAUUGAAGAAAACAAGUCCUGUCGUCUGCAACAUGCGGCUGAACUGUUGGCAACCAUUCGUCUGCCAUUACUGAACCCAGCAGAAGUAAUCGAUAAAGUUGAAUGUUAUGAGUAUUUGAUGGAAGUAGCAGCGUGUCAGAAGAUGGUGAAAGAAUGCCUACACUACCAUCUCAUGCCGGCUAGACAGUGCUUAUUGCAGUCUCCAAGAACAGUUCCAAGACUGAAGGCGAACGCAUGUUUGGUGACUAUUGGGGGCGCCCCAAGACUGGAGACUGAGCCGUUAUGUGAUGACGUCAUGAGGUUCAAUUCCGACACUAACCAAUGGGAGCUAGCCACCAAAUUACCAGCUCCGAGACAACAUCAUGGAGUUGCAGUACUGAACGGGUUCCUGUAUGUAGCCGGAGGAGAGGAGGUCAACGGUGCCGUAGCGCCUUCGAAAACUAUGUUCAGGUUUGAUCCCCGGAACGGCACCUGGAUGGAGACAGCUCACAUGUCCACUCCACGACAGAGUUUUCAACUUGGGGUUUUGAACAGUGCUAUUUACGCCGUUGGUGGUCGGGUAAGCAAAAAUGAAUCGUUAGCAUCAGUGGAACGCUAUGAUCCGUCAUUGGACAAGUGGGAAGAAGUGGCACAACUUUGCUCUCCCCGACGAUGUGCAGCCGUCGGCGUUAUAAACGGAAAACUGUAUGCUGUAGGAGGAUCUGGAAAUAAGUACUUGUUAAGCCGUGUGGAACGGUUCACACCAGCAGAAAACAGAUGGGAAAUUCUGAAGUCUAUAAACACGCCCCGUUUUUUCGGACACCUUCUGCCAAUUAACGGAUAUCUUUAUCUUGUUGGAGGAGCUGCCAUUGACGAACAAGGAAAUUUGAUGUGUACAGAAGAAAUUGAAAGGUUCUCGCCAGACACUAACCAAUGGAGUUUUGUUGCCAAAAUGAGGACCCCUAGGUCUGAGUUUGGAUGUACCCACAUGAAGGAGAAAAUCUUCAUAGUUGGUGGAUAUAAUUGGAAUACAAGCAAGCGCCCGAAUGAAGUAGAAUGUUUCGACACAGAAACCCUUAUGUGGACAACACUUCCGGAACAGAAGCGACCUCUGGUGGGAGUGACAGCUGCAAUGUUGACACUUUACGAUAAAAGAGAUUAUAAUAAAUAAUAUAACGUUAAUGAAUAAAUAUAAUUUUAGAGCAUACUUUUUUUUAUAUUUCAUAAAUGUAAUAAUUGGUUUUCCAGAUAUUUUUUUAACUUAUUUGUCAUAGAUAUAUUAAAUUAAUCAAUAAAAUAAUCAUUUGAUCAUUGAA